CGAUGCGUCACCUCGUCGCUGUCGCACCAAGCGAUGUAGCGCAAAGUACUGAAUCGGACAUGCCAUGUGAGGCGCGCUGGUACGACGCCGCCGGUCUUUUCUACGUCGGCUGCUCGGUCGCGCUGAGCUUUGCAAGCGUGUUCCUCGCCGAGCCGUACCUCCAAAGCGACUCGUUCUGGCCCGAAUUCCAGCCAAAAAACAUCUCGACCGUGCUCGCGGCCGUGUACAACCUCCAGCUCACGCUCACGAACGUCGCCAGCGGCAUCGAGCUCACGGACGCCGCGUUGGCGCUCUCGCCGCUCGACAUGGUUGGCAUCAACGCCGCGUACCCGCGGCGCAUCAUGUACGAAGAGCUCACGGACGUUGGCGAGGCUAUUGCCGGUUUGCGACGCGUCUCGGCCGGGAACGUGGCGUAUGUGAGUCCGCAGUAUUGCUGGGCCGACGUCGAUCGGCGCUGGGAAAUGGCGCACACGGCGCGACGUCAGCAGCGCUGUGACGAGUUCUGGACGGCCAACGGCGCCGUCCACUUGGAGACGGUGCUGCGCAACAUUGAUAUGCACGCGUGGCUGGCGCUUGCCGCGACGAGCUUUGAGCUGUACAUCGCCAACGGCAUGGCCGCGCUUCCAGGCGGCGCCGACUGGGUCGAUGCCACGCGCCGCCACGUACUCGUGUCGGUCCCCGAUGAAAUCGCAUUUUGGCAUGCGCACAAUCUGACGCAUUUUAAGCUCCAGUGGUCGAACCGCAACCAGAUCGGGAUCCAAGAGACAUUGAGCAUCGGGACGUCCGUCUUUGGCUCGCUAGGUACCUUGGCGAUCAAAUCGAUACCGGCAAGUGUCCGCAACGCACUCGUGACCUCCAACUACAUGAACAUGGCGCUGCAAUAUGACUUCAACGCGCUCGAGAGCACGAACUUGAGUCUGAUUCGGAGCGCGCCGGCCUUUUUCGAAGCCAACAAUGUCUCGCUCAUCGAGGCGUUUGCCGUCGGCCUUCCGCUCAGUCUUCUCUACGACGUUGUGCACCGUUCGAUCGGGUCGCUCGGUACUAUCGACCUGCUUUGGGUGCCUGUCCCGGCCACCUUGCGCAAGAGCGUCCAACGCUUCCGCGCCCACAUCCUCCAGAGUGUUCAGGCCGAUAUGGCACUCGCGACGAUCUUUGCCAGCAUCGACACGACGGUGCUGCACCCGACGCCGCCGCGCUGGAAUGACCCGGAUUUCAUUUUUUACGGUGGCAACCCCAUGUGCGGGUACGGCUCGGCGCUUCCGUACCCGCAAGAGUCGUGGGGGUUUAGCGACGCGUGCGCAAGCCAAAACCCAUUUUCAACGACGCUGACUAGCUUCAGUGGGCUCUUUGCCUAUACGAUGCUCGGUGGAUCCGUACAGCAACCAUGCGCGCUACUGCGCGACGCCCCACGCUGCGAGACGAUGCUGGACGCGAUCGCUGCCAGCUACGCGCGGCUCGCACCGUCCAACGACACGUUGUUACUACCCAAUGCGACCGACGAGCUUGCGCACCUCCUCUUUCUGCAGUAUGUCGCAACCACGAAUGCCAAUACGACAGUGUUCUUAGCGCAGCAACCGCUGCUCGCGGACGGCGCGUGGGCGUUCUUUGGCUGGGCCGCGCUCUACGACUGGGCGAUGAACAUGCGCACGGUGUUGCAAGUCGAAGGCGACGUCGACCGCUUUGACGUCAUGUCGUUCUACUAUCCGCCCGUACCAAGCCAGCUCGGUGCGUCGCUCGUUGUGAGCUGGGCCGCGUACUUGCGCAUAUGCAUGCUCGUGUCGAGCAGCCUCCUCGGCGGUGUCGCGCUGCUCAUCGCUGUCGUUCACGUGGUCUCGGGGCGGCCCGCGGGCAGUCACUGGUUUGUCUUCAACCGCAUCGCCUCCACCGUGUGGCUGAACCGAGGGCUGCUUCUGCUCCGGACGCUGGUCGCGCUCAUUUGCCUCUCAACCGCCCCCAUCGUUCCGACGACGACGAGCUACGACUGGGUGCACUUUUCGACGGCGCGACGCUCGGUGGUCGCCUCGUGCCUCCUCGCCGGCGAGACCACGUGGCUCACGUAUGUUUUGCACGAGCUCUUACAUCCGCUUGUCGGCAACCUCACGCCGCAUUAUGCGCCGCCGAGCUCGGUGCUGGCGUUUCUCCUUAUCGCAGGCCUCGACGUUGUGGGUUCGAUUCCGACAAGCGCGAGCAUUUCUCGGUCGUGCUACAGCGUCGAGAUGGACUAUAUGAUCUACUGCACCUCAGGGCACGCGUCAACUCGGUCGCUGGCGUGGUCGGCCGCCAUUCUCGGUCUCAACAUCAUUUCCGUCGGUGUAUGUCUGCUGCUGGCGCAUGCGUACCAAAAGCCCGGCCCGGUCCUCGCGGUGAUACCCAACUUGCUCCUGCCACCGGCGGCGGUGGCGUUCCAUCGAUAUCCCCAGAGCGCGCCGACCGGUGUACGGCUCAACGACGCCACGCUCGCGCUCUGUGGCAUCUUGCACUUUUCCCGCCCCAGACUGCUCUUUGACACAAAGCUGUGGCUGCCCGUGCGCGCCGACGACGUGCGUCGCCACGUCGGGGCAGUCGAUCUUCCCCACUGCAUUGCGCUCUCGACCAAAGCAGCCGCGUCGCCACGCCGAGGUACGAUCACGUGGACGCGGCGUGUGCACCGCACGCUGCACAAGAUCACGCUCGUCGGCGGGUUCUCGUACUUGCUCUGCUCGCUCUACGGCAAUUACUUUUACUUGGGCGUCACCCAAGAGUAUUUGGCGAACGACUAUGGGUGGGUCGACUACAACGCGACGGGCGCGCGGUCGUUUGUGGCCAACCUCUUCAACGUGCAGCUCUUCCUCGCUACGAACAUGACGACAAGCCUCAUCCUUGACGCUCCCGAUAUGGGCGAUUGGCAGCAGUCGUACAACACGUCAGAGACAAAUGUGCUGUGGCCGGAUGCGAUGGCGCGCCGACAGCUCUACCAGCCAAACCCGCCGCUGGACGAGAUCAUCUUGGGCCUGCGGGCGAUGGAUCCGUGCAUGCUGCCGUGGAUGUUCACGCAGUACUGCUGGCUCGACUGGAGCCAAACGUGGCCAAUGGCAUCGACAGCCGCACGGCAAGCGCGCUGCGUAGCGCAUCGAUCGAACGGCGCGAGGUAUCUGGAGAGCGCGCUGCGCAACAUUCUCGACUGGGCCGUCUGGGACCGCUGCUGGGGCGAUGCGUUUGAGGUUGGAAUUGCGCGCGAUGUCGCCAGCACAAUGCAUGGCCAGAUGUGGCUCAAUGCGACCAUGCAAGCGCACUCGAUUUCGAUCGCCGACGAAACCAAAUUCUGGGCCGCGCAUGGCCUCACCACAUUUGUGUUGCAGUGGCAAAACUACAAGUCGGUCGGUCUCUUGGACUCGAUCCAGAUCCGCACGGCGCUGGGGGCAUCGUACCCCGUACGCCUCAGUGCGCGCGCAGGCUCAACGCACUUGAGUCAAGAAACGUCACGCAAAAUGUACUGGGCAUUUGCGAGCGACCUUUGGGCCGCCACGUGCAACUCCUCCGGCGUCGGUGGUUUGAGCCUCCUCGCCUCGAGCCCUCGCUUUGCCUACAGCAAUGUAUCCAGCGAGCACCUUCUCAUCUCGAACGGGUCGUUUCUGUCAGCGCCGCUCUCGGCCGGCUUGACCUCGCUCCGAGCCGCGGUCGGGCCCUUCAACGCAGUCGAUAUGACGUUCGUGCCCGUCCCCAACGCGCUCCUCAGCGUGUACACGGGCCUCGCCAACGCCCUCUCAGCGCUUUUGUAUCACAAUGCGUCGGCGCAAGCUGCCUUUUUCGAGCUCCGGGUCGCUGCUAGCAUGGGAGCGCUACCGGCGGCGUACGGUCACCGAUGGACGAUCGGGAGCAACCUCCUUUGCGGCGACGACGUCCCGCCCAAUGCAGUCGCAUUCGGCUGGAACACGUACUUUGGCAUGGCGAGCAUGUGCCAUUCAUACUACAAUGAGUACAUGUUUCCGACGCGGCUGCAGCUGCUCCUCGCCGUACUCUCAAGCCCCCCCACCAACUACGAAGCAGUGUGCGCGCUCGAUAUUUACGCAAGCAGUACGUGCGCUACGGACUAUCGUGCUAUUGCCGCCUUUGCAAUGACGUACAAUCUCUCGAUCCACGCGGCGAGCGUCGCUGCGGCCACCGCCGCAACGGUCGCCCCGUCCGUCGUGCUCUAUCUUCUCAACGCUAGCUUGGUCGAGCUCACUUCGAUUCCACUCCUUCAGGCGUCCGACAACGGCUGGAGUUUCUUUGGGUGGUGCUACUUGUACGAAUGGAUCGUCGGCCUACGAGAUGUGGUUGCGUUCGAGGGCGACCAUGGCGUGAUCACUGCGAUCUCGAGCCGGUCGCACCCGCUCGUCUUCGCACCAGAUGCAUCGGAGAUCCCGCACUCGCUCUCGUACCUCUUCCAGUGCUGCGUCCAGUACAUCACCACCGUCCUUCUCUGCGUCGCGGCAUGCGUCGCGCUCAGCACCAUCGCGCAGCGUGGACAUGUCGAGAGGCUCAACCUCUUUGAGCUCAACCGGAUCGUCGGCCACGUUUGGAUCGGCCGGCUCUUCCUCGUCGUCCGUGCGAUCACGGCCAUAUGGCUCCUCAACACGAGCACGCUCACGCUCCGUCGCAUCGGAUGCGGGACGUGGUUCUCGGUGCCGAGCUUGCCGUGGUACAAGCUGGUCGUUGCGAGCGCCGAGAGCACGUGGCUUGUCUACGUGCUCAACGACCUCUUGAGCUGCGUCACGGGCCCGUACACGUCCUACUAUGCGAUGAAGAGCUCGUUCCUUGCGUGGGUGGUUGUCGCCGUCUGGACCGCCGCGUCGCCGCAAGCGUACACUGCUCUCCUCGACCGCCACUGCGAGUUUGUCGAUAUGGACACAGCCCUACAUUGUGCGAGCGGCUACGUCGAGAUUGGCAACGCCUCGCGCGUCGGCCUCACGGCGCUCAUUUGCAUUGGUAGCGUCGUCGGGUGCUACAGCAUCGAGCGGCUGUAUCGACCGCGCCUCGUCGCCUUGGCGAUCCCGACCCAGCUCCUCAACGCCCAGAGCUUCUACAUGCUCGACAUGACCGACUGGGUCGUCCACGGCGAGUUUUUCCUCGACAAGACGUCGGCGUUCAUGGCCGGUGUCAUCGCGAUCGAGUGGCGACGACGCUUGUACGUCCUCGACAUCAAGUCGUGGCGGGGCUUCUCGAUCGGUGCCAUGGAGCUCGACCGACGGCUCACGUCCAACGGGACCCACGAACGCCUGAGCUGGGCGAUUCCGCUCAGUCGUAUUUAGUAGGAUGCAAUACCAACUAAACGACCUUGG